AUGAUCAAGGACCAUCAACGCAGGCAAAGUUUGCUGAGGAUAAGGGAACAUGAUGAAUUUUUCAGACAUGAAAACCAGGCUGUCCCACCUGCUCUGUCUGAUAUGGGAGUAUUAAGGGCAUGUACCAAGUCUGAUCUCAUCGGAUGCCUGCAUCAGCAAACCUCUGCCAUACAUGAAAUUCCUUCUUCAACUGCGAAAAUCUUAGACGGUUCAGUUGUGAUAUUCCCAAGGAAAGUCUCAAGAGUUUUGCAAGACAGAAAAGAGGGAGGGUCAGGAAGUCGCAUACAAGUCCAAGCGGGAACACCUAUUCCAACUAACUGGCAGAGUUUUUUGCGUGUAGAAGAUAACAAAACAGAUUUGUACCAUUUCUUGGCCAAAUAUAUUGCCGAUCAUCCGUUCCCGGGUAAAACUGUAUACAGCACACUGGACACUGAAGUUGUGCCUGAUGUUGGAGAAAACACGCCCAACACCCUCUAUCCAAGUAAUCAUGAGGAGGCUGACACCAGGCUACUUCUGCAUGCCCAACACUGUGCUCAACAGGGCCAUAAGACAGUUCUUAUACGAACUGUGGAUACAGAUGUGGUGGUACUUGCUGUAUCUAUGGCAGGUUCGGGGAGUGUGACCGCAAAUACCACAGUGUGGCCUUGUAUUGGAGUGCGACUCAGCGGCGGUCAAGGGAGGGCGCACGGAACCGCGCCUAUCCCAGCAACAGAAGCCUUUGUAAACCUCUCAAAGCCUAUUGGAGAUAUAUCAGAUGAUGAUUUCCAACUGGUGCAACGUUAUGUUGUCCUACUGUAUGAUCGCACCAGUCAUGGGAAAGGCUACCACACUUAUGGUGACACAAAGCACUACGAGGACCACAGGCAGUACGGAGGAAAGGACCACGAGACAGGCUACAAGCACCACAAAGGCGGCCAUAAGGAUCACGUCGGCUAUAAAGGCCACAAAGGAUACAAGGACAUUAAAGGUUAUAAGAAGCAGGACAAAGGAGAUUAUGGUAAAUCCAAGAAGGGGGGUCACGACGGACAUCAUGGAAGUGGGUACAAAGGAAAGCAUGAUAAAGGGCAGUACUAUGGCAACUUCAAGAAAGCAGGAAUAGGGAAAAAAGGAGGCAAAUACGGAACCAAGGGACACUAUAACAAAGGGUACAGAGACAAGGGACAUCAGAACGAGAAACAUGCCGAAGAGGAGCAUUAUUCCUCUUCCGGCCAGUACCACGAUGAAGUUGAGAAACAUUACAGUGACCAUAAAAAGCAUAAGGAGCAUCACAAGGGCAAGAAAGGAAAAUCGUAUAAGGGUGGUCAUUCAAAGGGAAGGAAGCACCACGAAGACCAUGGAGGCAAGUCAUACCAUGGCUUUGGUAAGAAUCUCGGUGGGCACGGCGGAAACAAAGCCCAUUAUGGGCACCAUGACCACCACGGCUACAAAGGCCACUCCGGCCAUAAAGGAAUCCACUAUGGCGCCGACUAUGACGGGUACCAUGAUGAUCAUAAGGAUAGUUACCAUGACAGCUAUAAAGGUGGUCAUGACGACAGUCAUGGGUAUGACGACCAUGACAGCCACGCCUAUGGAAGUCAUGAUAGUUAUGUUGGAGAUCAUAGUGGUUAUGGACAUCAUGGUGGUUAUGGUGGACACCAUGGCGAAUAUGGUCAUGAUGAUGAUUAUGGUAGCUAUGGUGGAGGCCAUGGGUUUGGCCACUGAAAAGCCCUGUCUAAGCCUGUGAUAUAAUUAUAUAGUAUACAUAUAAAUAAUAAAGUGCGUGACAUUUCUGACUUUGAUGAUCCUGUUA